AUGAAUGAUCAUCGGAUUCCAAGUCAGUAUAGAGAAUUAUUACAUGAAGCAUUUGAGAAUGGUACUGUUCCUCCAGUUUCUGCAAGGCCUCUAAAGAAAAGGCGUCGACAUAGAAGUGAAAGUCCAACAACUGAUGACAUAUCUGAUGAUGCCGAUAAGCUCGGCAAGGGAGUAGAGUCGAGAGAGCACUGUAUUAGCAGCGCUUUAAAUAAAGGCAGCAGUAAUAUUACCGCUAUAGUUCUAUCGUCAGAUGAGGAUACAGUAGGGGAUGCAUAUAGGGAUUUGAAGAAGAAGGAGUCAAAAAUAGGCCCCGAAACAGAAGCGAAAGUGGAGAUUGAUAUUGAUGAUGACAGUGACGAAGAAGAUGGAGAUGAGGAUGAGGAUGAGGACUUCGAUUCGGAUGAUUUCGAAGAUGUCGAUUUGGAGCAUGUUCCCACACCAGACCUGCAACUUCACGAUUAUGAAGAAGACAGCAAACAGAUCAAGAUUCCUUUGAAGACGAAUAAAAUCUUAGCUCAGAAAAGGAAGAAGAAGACUGUUGUGCCAAGGGAAGAACGAAUGUUCAGGAAAGAUCUUCAUAUGAUGUAUAUAUUUACGAUGGUAGCCCAUGGAGUGGCUCGGAAUUCUUGGUGCUCCGAUAGAAAUCUAUUGAAUAGUUUAAAGAGGGAUGUUCCGGCGAGGAUUCUUGAUGAGUACGCGACUUACCUGCAACAUCGUAAGAAGACUAAUGUCACUACAGCAUCUAAAACCAGAAAGCUUUUGGAUUUGUUGAAGGAUUUGAUGGUGUAUUGGUACACAUCGUGGACCAUAGAUAAAAAUGCUCCCGUCAUAUACAAAAAAGGUUGGGACGAAUUGGAUGUACAUAUACCCCGACAGAGAAUGAGCAAGAAGAAGUUCAGCGAGAGCGUAGAGCAGCGAUCCGGAUCAAGGGAUAUUGCUGCUCAAGGAUUUAUUAGCUUGCUCAGAUCUAUUGGUAUUCAAGCUCGGCUGGUAUUUUCGCUUCAACCCCCAGAUUUUACCAAUCUAUCACAACUGAGCUCGAUCGCUGAGAAGCACGAGGCUGACGAGAGAAGGAAAACAGAGCAGAUGACACUACCUAUGGGGAGAAGGAAAAGUAGAAGGGCGUUGACUCAGCAUGAUAGAUUGCUUAAUUCUUUGAGAGGUAAUAGGCCCACUUAUACGAACUUCAGAGCUAGUGAUUUCGAAGAUAUCGAAGAUAAAUAUGGUCAUUUCCCCAUUUUCUGGUCUGAAGUUUGGGACAAGGAUGCCAAGAGGUUUAUUACAAUCGAUCCGAUAGUCAAGAAGACAAUUGAGGUGAUUAGACUAAAGUCUCAACUUGAACCUCCCACCUCAGAAACUAGAAACAAUGUAUAUUAUGUCAUAGGCUUUGAUCGGUUGGGUGGUGUUAGAGAUAUAACUAGACGAUAUGCUGAAACUUAUAAUGCCAAGGUGAGGAAGAAGAGAAUUACGAGGGAUCCAAAAGGAGAAGAAUGGUAUGAAAAUGUACUACUAGGAGCCACAACUGUGAAUCGAAUUAGGCCUAAUAAAAUAGAUAAGUUUGAGGAACUUGAGUUUGAGGAGUUAUCAUUGAAAGAGGGCAUGCCGAACUCGAUACAGGAUUUUAGAAAUCACCCAAUAUAUGUGUUGGAGAGUCAGUUGAAGGCUAAUGAGAUCUUAAAACCAAAGUUGUCUUGUGGUACCAUAAGGAAGAAAUCGAAGACGAACAAGCAAGGGAAGUUGAUUCCUGUGUACAAGAGAGCCAAUGUGUAUACAGUGAGGUCUGCUAAAGCAUGGUAUAUGCGCGGUAGAGUGUUGAAACUUGGAGAGAGGCCAAUGAAAAUAAAGAACAAACCUAAAGUGCCCCGAAAAGCGAGAGACGAAGACGACUUUGAACUUUCAGAUAAAGAUGAGGAAGAUGAUGUUCGAUUGUACGCCGAUUUUCAAACUGAAAGGUUUACCCCUCCACAGGUUAUGAAUGGCGAGAUUCCAAGAAACGCAUUUGGUAAUAUUGAUGUGUAUCAACCGUGGAUGGUUCCUGAAGGCUGUGUUCAUAUUAUGGACGAUAAUGCUGUGAAUGCGGCCAGACUCAUGCAGAUCGAAUAUGCUCCCGCAGCUGUUGGAUUCAAUUUUGAUGGUGAUAGGAGAUCACACUCUGUCAGUGCUACAGUGAAAAUUCAGGGUAUUGUGACUUUUAAACAGUACCAAGAAGCCGUGAACGUAGUUUGCAAGGGCCUUGAAGAAUUUGAGGCGGAGAAGUCUAGAAGAAGACAAGACUUAAUAGCACUAAGAGCUUGGAAGAUAUUGCUUGCCAAGUUGAGAAUUGCCAAUAGACUUAAUGAAGAGCAUGGAAAAGUAAUUAAUAUGAUAGAGGAGAAUUACGAUGAAGGUGGUGAUGAAGAAGAAGAAGAAGAAGAAGAUGAUGAUGGAGAGGAAAUAGUUCAUACAGAGGAUGGAGGAUUUAUGCGUGCGGAUGCUCAGAAUGUGAAUGAAGAUAUUUAUUAUGGAAGGGUUGAUGACGAAGUUGGUGAUGUUGAUGCCAGCGAUUUUCAUGAAGAACAGGAUGACAGGUUAGUUGUCACUGAGGAGAACGAAGUUGGGACUCCCAAAAUAAAGGCUGAUUCCCCUGUUAUUGAAGUUGAAAAUGACAACAAUAAUGAAUUCGAAGAUUUCAUGAAUGAAGUGGGGUUCGGGGAUGAACACGACAGGGAACCGGAAAAUGAAAGUGAUGAGGCUGGUGGAUUCGUUGUUGAAAACUUUCCAGCCAACCAGACAUCGUCAGAGAAGGAAAAGGUUAUAUCAGAAGGUUCGGUCACCAAGAGCAAUUCUCCGGAGGAUUUUAGUUCUCCAGAAAGAAUUCCGCAUGAUGUGAAUUCUACCUUUGUUGAAGGUAUGAUCCCGCCGAAACAUGUCGAUCCGAUUUCAAUUCGUGAUCAUCCUGCUCAGGCCGUCUCGAUGGAUGUGGGUGAAAAAGAACUUGGAAACACUUCUAUAAGGGCCGAUAAUCAUCCGAAACAGCCGAUCUCUUCGGUAGUGGGAGGCGUUGAUGCCCCUAUAGAAAUUCCUAGUGAUUCCGAUGUUAUCAACCUUGAUGAAGAGUAUGCAGAUGACGAGGGAUACGAAUUCGAAUACAGCGAUUAG